AUGGCGAAGAAGUUCGAUAUGAUCAAGUAUAUUGACGGUAAGAGGGAGACUCUAAAGUUGGGUGUUAGAGUAUUUGAUCACUGGUAUGUUAAUAACCGUGAUUCCAGUGUGCACUUUGAGAUGAUCUUAAUUGAUCAAAAGGGGGACAAGAUACAUUGUGUAGUUAAGAAGGAAGAAUUUGAUGUGUGGGAUGACAAGUUGUUGGAGGGUGAAACAUAUAUAAUGCAUAAUUUCAAAAUAUUGAAGAAUGAUGGACAAUAUAGGGUUUGUGAACACCCUUUUAAACUACUUUUUAUUGGAGCCACCUCUGUUAAGCCCCAACCUAUUGCAAAUAUUCCGAAGAAGGUGUAUGAAUUUCAAAGUAUAUUGGAAGUAGUAGCUGGUAAUUUCUGUGCGGAUUUGUUGAUUGAUUUGAUUGGUUGGGUUGAUAACGUUAAAAUUUGUUGUACAUUAUGGGAUGAUUAUUGUAGGAAGUUUCUAGAAAGGUAUUAUGAGAAACCAGAUUCCGAGAAGCUUGUGGUUAUUCUUACUCAAGUCAAAGUUAAACCUGCAACGGGAGAAUGGCCAGUUUCAGUAUCUAAUACGUGGAAUGGUACAAAGUUAAUCAUGGAUGAUGAUGAAAUUAUUUGUGCAACUGUCAGAACCACAGUUAAGUUCAAUUUGGAUAAUGAUGGCUGGUAUAGGUUACAACUACAAGUUUGUGAUGAUUCAUUUAAUUUUGCCAACUUCUUUGUGUGGGAUCAAGAGUGUAGAAGAAUUAUUGGUAUAUCAGCCGCAGAUUUACAAAAGAAAAUGGUUGAGGUAGGUGAAGAUGAUCCAAAGUGCUUCCCUGAUGAUUUGGAUAUUGCUGAGUGUAGUGAUAAAAGCAUGAUUGAUAUUGAAGGUGACAGUUCUAUUGGCAUUACUGUUGAAUUAUAUGGCAAAGCUGUAUGUAAUUUAGUAGUAGACCAUGAAAAUGACAUAAUGAGUUUAAGCGCAACAGCGGAUAAUGAACCUGAAAAUGAUGUAUUGAAAACCCCAACUAAGAAAAUUAUGGCAACUAAUAUGGACUGCUGUGAUUCCUCCCAGGACAUUGAUUCUGGCCAACUAUCAUCCACCAAGAGCAUCAAAACUAUUAAGAAGGAGAAGAAUUAA